GAUGGCAGACGAAACAUCGAUAAUUCCGUUACGUUCGUUUGGAGAGGAUGUAUUUCGCGACGGUGUGCGCAAUUUUGAUCAUACUUUAGAAAUGAACUUCCAAGUUUGGCUAGUUUCUAUUCUUUUUGUGAUCGGAAGCGCUGAUGAUUGAUUUUGUUUUAAGUUAAGCGUAUUUCCAACACGUGUGUUGCUCACUUGCUGUCUGUUAUCUUCGUUGCCUUUUAUUUGCUGGACAUUUGACAUCUAUACUAAUACUGUCACAUCUGAAGAACAUAAUGGAGGAGAGGAAUACAGCAGGAUUAGAUGUGAAUGCUCUUGUCAGAGAAAAUCAAGUUUUGUCAGAGAAUUUGUCCAAGUGUUUGGAGGAAAAGAAUUUUGUAUGGUCUUUGUGGAAGAAAUUACAGACAGAAAAACCUGAUCUUUCAUCUGUUGUGAGCCUUGUUAUGGCAAGAGAAAAAGAGAAGACUGAAGUUAGAGAUGAAAAAGUCCUUAAGAUUCUUGAAACAAAAGAUCUACAAAUACAACAGUUGGAAAGAGUAAGCCAGCUUAUUUUAGAUAAAAUAGUACUUUUUGAUGAUCUGAAAGUUAAAGAAGAUGAUCUUCAAGGCUAUAGUCUUAGGCUACAUGAUCUUCUUAUUGACAAGGCUGAACUACAGGAAAACAUGGAAUCCAUGAAAACUAAAUAUGAAGAGAAUAUAAGGUCACUGGUUGAGGAAAAUGGCUAUUUAUCUGAAGUGGUCCGUGCAAGACAAAUGGAACUAGAAAAUGAUAAAAAUACUUACAAAACAAAAAUUGAUGAUGUUGAUAAGAAAGACAAGAACUUAAUGAUGUUGUCAAAGAUUUGGAACGCAGACUGGAUAAAUUGA